CACAAUCUUGCCUUCCCCUUCAGGAAUGAAUGACCUGCCAUUACCAAACUCACACUCUGAUAAGACAAGGCUGAGCUCUCCAUGUCUUGUCAUGCUGCCACACUUGCUGCGAGAUGCAGACUUUCAAUCAUCGAACCAGAUUGGUGAUGUCCCUUGGAGAACCUUCUUGAUCCUCUUUCUGAAAUCUGAACGAGCAUGCAUCUUCCAGCGGCAUCUACGGUAUCACCUCGGCACAUCGCCAUCUUGGAUUGUGAACGUAAUGUCCCCGUUGUCGAGGAAGUAUACGGCCCAUACUUCAGCGGGAUCUUCAUCCCGGUCCUACAAGGUGCUGCUGAGCGACUUCGACUUCCCUCGUCUGUGAAAAUCAGUGGUUACGACGUUAUUGCAGGACAAUAUCCCGAUCCGAGCAAAAUCGAUGGUUUCAUCGUCACUGGCUCAAUGGCCGGAGCCUAUGACACCUUCCCAUGGAUCCAACCUCUUGCCGAUUUCAUCAAGCUCGUCUACAAAGAAUAUCCCCAUGUCCGGAUAUCAGGCGUUUGCUUUGGCCACCAAAUCAUUUGCCAGACUCUUUGCGGUGAACAGGGUGUCCUGGUCGAGAAGCACCCGGGAGGUUUCGAAUUUGGGUUGCAGACAGUCGUUAUGAACCCGAAGCUGACAGCGUACUUCCCUGGGCUCGAAAGGUAUAUCCCAGCGACGGCUGAGCCGGACAACACAUCGAAAGCUCCCCAAUUACACCUGCAGUUGGGCCACGGGGAUCAUGUCGUUCUUCCCAAGGCGCCACAGAAUCUCACCGGACGGUGGAUGUCGCUUGGCAGCACCAAAUAUUGCCAUGUGCAAGGCCUGUUCGAGCCAGGCAGGGUCCUCACCUCACAACCUCACUGGGAGUUUGAUUCAUUCAUCAUGUCGGAGUCAAUUUCAUACUUGUUCACGCCGGAGAGAGGGUUUCCCCAAGAAGAAGUCGACGCAUGGAUAGAGGGUACCAAAGGAAAACAUGACUCGUUAAUGAUGCAAGAAUGGAUUUUGCAAUUCUUGCUAGGUCUGUUACCUGAUUGUGAAGAUGGAGACCCGACAAAAUGAGCCAUAAUAUGUUAGUGGACCGAUAAUUCGAUCAUGUUUCGCCCGGCUUAUCCGCCAAUUCAAUGAAGAGCAUUCAGUCAUUCCUGCCUCAAUGACACAUAACAAUCGAGGUUCUUUUGCUUCACGAACCACACGUUUUCCGUCUCGAGCGGUUGUUUGGGGUCUGCCAGCGUGAUAUCGAACCGUCUCACCAAUUCCGGAAUAAGAAUUGAUAUC